UUUUCCCUAUAUUUUGGCUUCAAAUUAAGUUGUUGUGGAGUCCUAUUCUUGGGGAAAAAGCAUAUGAGUUGGUCCACUCUUUUUCUCUCACUUAUCCCAUAAUCAGAUAUACACACUUUAGAUGUAACUAAAUUGUGCUUAAGUUCAGCCCCCAAAAAGUGCAAAUACGUUCCAAGACCUUGUGAUGGGCAAGAUUCUAUAAAUAGAACGUAUUCACACUGUUUCAUGGUCACCGAACCUGCUUUCUCUCUUCAUCGAAUUCACACCAUCGAGUUUGAGUAAGUAAGGGUUUGGAACGUUGAAACAGAAAGCUUGCAGCAUCAACAAGCAAGGAGACUAAGCAAUGGCUGGAGUUGUUCAAUCUGCAAAUUUCUCUGACUUUAAGUGUGAAAUUCCCGAGCUAAGCGGUGAUAAUUACAAAGUCUGGAAGGAGAGAAUUCUUCUUCAUUUGGGCUGGAUGGACAUUGACUAUGCCAUAAGGAAAGAUGAACCAGCUGCAAUUACUGCAGCCAGCACGCCAGAUGAGGUUGAUCUUUAUGAGAAGUGGGAGAGGUCUAACCGCCUCUCCGUAAUGUUCAUAAAGACAAAAAUUUCUGCCAGCAUUCGGGGUUCAGUAGAGCAACACGAGAAUGUCAAGAAUCUUAUCGCUGCCAUUGAUGAACAAUUUGUGUCAUCGGAUAAGGCUCGCGCCAGCACCUUGAUAAUUAAGUUCUCUAACAUGAAACUCACUGAAGUGAGGGGAGUGCGUGAUCAUAUCAUGCGUAUGAGGGAUAUAGCGGCUCAACUUAAGAGUUUGGAGGUAACAAUGAAGAGAAAAGGUUGA